GAUGACUUAAUCCUAUCAUAUGAUUUAAGCUAAUCUCAAAUAAUCACAAUGGGUAUUUGAAGGACUAGAACUUUGUUUGGUUCUUAGCACUCCAUUUGUUAAUUUUAAACGUAAUUAUAAAUUGAUUCACGAAGCUACAAAACGCGUUUAUUUGACAAAACUUUGUUUACAUUGAGCUGUCAAGAAAACUGACAUUCCGCUCCGCUCUUUUCUUUACGCAGCUGAGUGCAGUCGACGGCGCUCAUUUUAUAAAUUGUAGUAUUCUUUUGAAUGAAAACUGCAAUAUUCCAAUCUAGUUAUGUCACUGACAAAACUUUUUACCCUCGUGUUUUUACGCAAAGAAGAUCAGAUAUUGUUGGGUUUAAAAAAACGUGGUUUCGGCAUGAACAAAUGGAAUGGUUUUGGCGGCAAAGUGGAACCUCAUGAAACAAUAAUAGAGGCUGCAGUGCGUGAAUUGUCUGAAGAAAGUAGAAUGACGGUUAAACCAAGUGAUUUAAUUAAUAUUGCGCACUUAGAAUUUACUUUUCAUGAAGAACCGGUCAUGAUGGACGUUCGAGUUUUCGUCACAAAAACCUUUGAGGGAACUCCCAAAGAAACUGAAGAAAUGGCGCCGAAAUGGUUCAAUAUCAAAGAUUUACCUUUCUCUAAAAUGUGGCCUGAUGAUGAAAUAUGGUUUCCGUACAUGCUCGAAGGCAAGAAGUUUGUUGGAAAGUUCCACUACAAAGGAUUUGACACAAUUCUGCAUCAUACUAUUGAAGAGCAGGAGUCAAUGGAAGCUUUCUACGCCAACAGAAAGUAAUUGUUUUUAUUUUAUUGUAGGAAUUUUGUAUUUAUAGGGCCAAGCCCUUUUUUUAAAUAUGUAUGUAGUUUAGAAGUUAGAAUUUGUCUGUGAUCAAAAUGUGAAUUUUGAUAAGUUUAUAUGUAUCCUAGUGUUUAAUAUUUAGACUCGCAAAUUUAAUGAUCUGACAUCAUGUUUUUUAAAUCCUUGUUCUCAAUCCUAUACUUUCAACCAUGUAAUACAUUUAAGAGAUAUAUACUAUU